UAGUGGAGUGCAAUUUAUUCUAACCUUGGACGGCUGAUUUAUAGUGAAAACGACGGUGGUAAAGGCUGUAUGAGAAAGGAUUUGAGCUAGUAGAAAAGCCGACAUGGGUAUCUCAGAACUGGAGGAAUCUUCUCUGUCACUGGACGGAAAGCUGCUCCGUUUCAUGGACCAGCUGGAGUUACUGGAGGAAAAACGAGCCACUCUCAACUCUCUCAUAGAGCAGGGAUGGUUCACCAUGUCCAAGGCACGAUAUUCCAUGGGAAACAAACAAGUCUCUGCACUUCAGUAUGCAAGUGAGAUUGAGCCACUGGUCUGUGUUCAUGCCAGAACUCUAGACAAUGGGGAGGUGGACUUCUGCACAGAAAGAGUUACACAAAGUAAAGAGUCUGGAAAAGAUGUGAGGUCCAUAGAGGAUAUUGGACCUCAAGAAGAAGGUGUCAGGAGAAGAAACAAACCUCAAAAGGAUAUCACAGAAAAAGAGGCAAAUGAUAAAGCAGAGAGUCAGAAAGCUCCUGAAGUAACUCCAGUCAAACGAAGUGACCAGAAUCCUCAGCAAGAUCCACUGAAAUGGUUUGGGAUUCUGGUGCCACAAUCGCUUAAACAAGCGCAGUCGUCAUUCAAGCAAGUUAUAGAGCUGUCCGCUGAGAUUGCAACCCUUCAGACUGCAGUUUUGAACAGCAGACGGGAGCUGAGGAACAGCAUGAAAGACAAACACGUUCUCGUGAAGACAACCUCAGCUGCUCAGAUGGACAAAGUGGCAGACUGAAUAAAGGCAAAGAGGCAAAGCUGGAGAGAUGAUCUGAGAAGAGCCUGUGGCCACAGAGAGCGACUGAUGGAGUCAGUAUAUACAUUUCAGGGCCCAGUGAACUUUAACUGCUGGAUUUUUAAGUGAAGAUCACAAAAGUAGCUGUUCCUUCUUUAUGAUUAAUUGGUAUUAGAUCCUGUUGUGCUGGGUUGACUGAUAAAUGUGCUUCUUGUUUGAGAUGGAUGUGUUUGUGAACGCUGUCUUUGAGGAUUUCUCAGGAUCAAUUAAGUCUGUGCUUUUGACUUUAAUAUAUUCAGAAAUCUAGAACCUGUUUCAAUAAACGAUCACCACCACUUUGUGAUGAGGCAGCAAAGGGUUUAUGAUUUGAAUCUAGGGGCUUCAUUAAUUAUGAAUAUUCGUAUUAUGAAUAAUAAAUUAUUAAUAAAUCAUUUACUGAUGCUUCAUAGAUCAGUUAUAAGCUAAUAAGAAUUGUAGCUUGCCAGGUUUUGGGAAAUGCCUUUGUCCAGUAUUUAUCGCUUUUAUUUUGUAUAUGUGCAGUUGUAAUGCUAAAUAAGUAGAUUUUGGUCCAGAUCCUCUGCAGCCAUUUACCUCCUGUAAA